GGUUACAGCAACCGGUUGCUGUGACCAGUUAUAACAACCAUUUGCAACAACCAUUUGCUCGUCCUUGUAGCAACGGUACAUGGGCUGCGACCUGCCUGUGGGACUGCAACCGUAGAUUCAGUGUUUCUAACUGUUGUUUUUCCCGUCGUGUCCGUCCUUGCAGCAACCGGUCACUCGUCAGCUUCAACGUCUUCGAGAGUCCCACAUCCACGUGCGUCAUGGCCAGUUCAAGCAAGGUCAGCUCAAGCAAGGCCACCACCGCGACCAAAGGCAAGUCCCACUCCAAGCACCCUGUGUUCGUGGCCCAGCUGGAGGAAAGACAGAAAAGUUUGCAUAACGAGAAGACUUUGUACAAGUGGAUCGAGCAAGGGCAGGAGGCGGACCCAAAAGGGUAUGAGGAGUACUGGGUGAGGUGUAGCCUGUGCAACCAGUUUUUCACAACAUCGAAGUCACGUGUGGUGCAACAUUUCUUAAAGAAGAGAGCAGCAUAUCCUUACCGCACUGGGGAGAUUCUCCAUCUGUUGGUGUUGGAUGGAGCUAACGUUAAAGAAGAGGGUGCAACAGCUCAGACAAUGCUGCAUAAGUACAAAAUGGAUAAUGGCAUCGGUGAGGACUGCGGCUUGGAAGCGGACCCUGUGCGUCAGGCAGCAACGAAGCUGGAGCAGCAUAUUGUCCCACCUCCUGCACCGGGGAGGGAGUUUGUUGUCAACAUUGACACCACCCAAGAGGCUGAGCCUUCCGAUCCAGAUGUGGUGGUGGGAGAUGAGACGGCCCCUGGUCCGUCAGGUCAGGCAUCCACAAAGAUAUCGAAAUCGGGGAAGACAACACAAACUUCCAUCAGGAAGUGGACAGAGAACACCGCCCAAAAGAGACUUGAUCUUGCAUGGGCGGAGACAUUGUACAGGGCGGGCGUGCCAUUCAACUUCAUCCGGUUGAACAAGACGAAGGAGCUUCAUGACGUGUACAUGGAGUUGGCGGCCCGCAAUGCACGAAUGGACUUGCCUGCCUUUGAAACCAUCCGGACAGUGGCUUUGAAUAUUGUGUAUGACAAUGUUCGGGCAGAGGUGCGGCCGCUUAUGGACAAGUGGGACAUCAGUGGUUGCACUCUCAUCACUGAUGGGACCCAAGACAGGAAGUCGAGGGCUGUGUUGAACUUUGUAGCGGCUGGAGAGAGCGGGGUUGUGUUCAUCAAGGUUGUGGAUGUCUCUGAUAGGAAGAAAAACGUGAGAGCGUUGGCAAAGUUAUGGAAAGAGGUGAUAAGGGAGAUCGGUGUUCACAGGGUCAAUGCAAUCUGCACUGACAAUGCAUCAGCGAACAAGCGAGCGGCGAAACUCCUAUCAAUGAGGACUUACAAAGCCAUUGCGAAGAUUCCUUGGAUCCCGUGUGCUGCCCACACCCUGAACUUGCUACUGAAAGACAUAUCCAACAUCGCAUGGAUCAAGACGGUGUGGAAGAAGGGAAGGAAUUUGGUGAAGUUCAUCAAGAAUCACCAAAGCACGAUGGGGUUGAUGAGUCGGUGUUCCAUGGGAGACAGGAAGGUGCUUGUCAUGCCAACGGAGGUCAGAUUCGCGUCUGUUUACCUGAUGUUGAUCCGUAUAUGGGACAGGAGACAUGUGUUGAAGCACAUGAUGGAUAACGGCUGGUUGGACAUCUACUGGAGCAGCCAGAAAGACAGGGAGGAUGCAGAGGAUAUCUUCGCUCAUGUGAGAUGUGACAUGUGGUGGCAGAAAGUGGACACCAUUCUCUCCAUCAUAAAACCUAUAUACGACCUGCUGCGAAUGAUGGAUAGUGAUGGGUUGGCACAUUCACAGCUGUGGGGCUUCGACGACCUCCUCAGCAAGCGGAUGCGGACAAUGUCAGCCUGUGGACAUUUCAUUGCCAACCCAUCGAAGGAGAAGAUAAAGGAUGAGGACUCGUGGAAUCGGUUGGCUGUUGCCGACGCAUCUUUCAAGAGGAAGACAACAUCUCAAUGGUGGCGCUUGUACGGGUCAAAGCACAUCGAAUUGCAGAAAAUCGCAAUGCGGGUGACGACAAUGUGGAGCACGGCAACGCCAUGCGAAAAUAAUUGGUCGUCCUUGGACUUGGUCCACUCCAAACGGCAGAACAACUUGUCCAGUGAAAGUGUAGCCAAGUUGGUCUACAUUCACUGGAACAUGCANAAUUGGUCGUCCUUGGACUUGGUCCACUCCAAACGGCAGAACAACUUGUCCAGUGAAAGUGUAGCCAAGUUGGUCUACAUUCACUGGAACAUGCAGUUGUUGCGGGUUCCUAGGAGCACGACUGAUGGGUUCAUUGACCUGUGGGCAACCUUCUUCGACGAGCCUGAGGCACCUCCGGUGGCGAAUGAUGCAACAAAGGAUCGCCGUAAAGUGGACAAGGAGGAGGCGGUGGCGAGGGCUGCACGCCUGAAGAAAAUUCCGAAAGGAAGGCUUCCCGCUGGCUUGUUGAGCGAUGAUUCUGGGAGCAGUGACAACGAGGACUUGGUGUGGUGUGACAAGGUGGACAACAGGGUGCAUCGAGCACGAGGUGGAAAGGGGAAGGGAAGGCCGUUGUGGUUGAAGACGAGGAGGACGAGUGGGAUGAUGAUGAUGAUGAUGACACCGACUCGGAUUUUGAAAUUCGUCCACACACCGGCUGCACGGACUCUGACACGGACGGAGGACCGGCCGACUUGUGGGACGUGCCUGAAGCGACGUGUCACUUGGACAAUGACGAUGACCUCAUCGUUGAGGACAGUGAGGCACGUGAUCGCAGGGUCAGGGCGGAAGCACAAUCUCUGGCGGACAGGGAUCAUGUAAUGGUGCAACAGCGUAUGGCAGAGAAAAACUCACGUCGACUAGCAGUCCCCGCACACCUGCGA